UGCGACCGGCAAAGCGAGAGAAUAGAAGACAAAGAAGAAAAAAAAAAUCCACUUGGCUCUCCUCCCCCAUUCCCUUCUUCUCACCGUUUCUCGCGAGGAAAAGAGAAAUCCCCAGAAAAUGUGUUGAGAAUUUUCUUCUCCGUAUUCGGAUGACGAAGAGAAAUUGGCGGGAAAUUAGAUGGAGAAUGAAAAUGUGCCGGGAUCGUUCGGCACGAGCGGCAGCUUCGCUCUUCGCUUGGGCCAAACCGUCUUCUCUUCCGCUUCGCUUCUCUUGUUGUGCUUCGACUACGGACUCUACGACUACACUGCUUUUUGCUAUUUAGUGACUGUAAUGGGACUGGUGACACCAUGGAGCAUGACUCUGGCAAUCUUCGAUUUUUACUCUCUACUCGUGAAACGCCUUCCUCCACAAGCAAGAGUGCUCUCCAUUGUCGUUGCUGGAGAUUUUGUUCUGUCCUUUCUAUCAUUAGGUGGUGCGAGUGCCGUGGCCAGCGUUACAGAUCUAUUGCUUGACGCAGGUGGGUCAUUCUGCCGGAAGAAGAUCUGCGGCCGAUACCAACUCUCAGCUGCAAUGGCGUUCCUGUCGUGGUUUCUGUCUUUUGCUUCGACCAUCUUCAAUCUCUGGAUUCUACCCUCGGCAUAUUCUUGAAGGGCUAAUUGCGCUGUACAGACGUAACAUGUACACACACACACACACGUGCAGGCUAAAUCAAUCAAAGGAGCUGGCGGAAAUAAGAGAUUGUGUUAAAUACGUCGGAAGUGUGGAAGGUUUUGGACUCAGGUAAGAACUGAAAGAAGGUUGUAGAUCUCAGUUUUGUUAUUUGUCUGAUAGAAAUAAAUUGUGGUUAAAAAAACACACACACACACAAGGCGAGAAGUGCUUUGUAUGGAAUAAUUGGAUUGAAAUGUAAAGGUUCCAAAUAUGUGAAUAAUUUACAUAAAGCAUAGAAUAUAUGUACUUGAUUUCGCA